GGCGCGCGCAGCCAUAUUUGUCAAAACAGCUGUUGCGAGAACGACUCCAGUUGCUCCGCAUUGUUUUCGAGACACAAAAUGUCUAUUUAUUCAAGACUCAAGUGUAAACAUUGAUAAAUUAUCUUAAAGUAGUAUUCAAUCAAUAAUUAUGUGAAGAUAUAGAAUGAGCUAAUAAUAUUAUACAUUAUUGUUAACAUGGCUUGUGGUUUUGAUUACGGUGACGUUCCUGUCGAAGAAGAGGAAUUUCAGGCGAAAUGGAGCAGGUUUUCGGACUGGUUGCAUUGUGUUUGUGUGGUGACCUUCGAUUUGGAGCUCGGGCAGGCUAUGGAAUGUGUAUAUCCGCCCGAUGUCAAGUUAACAGACCAAGAGAAAUGUAAUAUAUGUUACUUGGCGUUUCCCGAUUCGAAUUCUGGAUGCAUGGGAGACACUCAGUUCCACGUGAGGCUCCGGACAACAGCGGGACUUACGAAACAGCAACUUGUAUACAAUAAGGACGCCGUACCGACGCUUUGCGCAGAUUCCUCUCACUACUGGGGCUUCGUAUAUUUCAGACAAGUCAAGGACCCUUCCCUACCUCGUGGUUAUUUUCAGAAAAGUAUUAUUCUGCUUACAAGGCUACCAUUCAUCAAUUUAUUCUAUAAAGUGAUACAACUUAUAGCACCAAAGCAUUUUGAGGAUGGAGAGAACAGUUUAGAAGCAGCUUGUCACGAUAUAAAUAGAUGGCCAUUGCUGGAUGCAGGACAAAAUGUAUAUUUGCCUGUACUGGGAUCAGUUUUCCAAUCAUACAUUCCCAAUCAACAAACAGGUAAAAUAACCCGCUCUGAUAUAGCUAAGCAGGUACAUUCUCCAAAUGUUCCACAUAUUUUGGCAUCCAUACAGGAUGUCAAUAUUUUUGAUGCUUUAUCUUCCUUAAUAUCACAUUUGCAUUUAUUAUGGGAAUUAGUUUUGACUGCGGAACCGAUAGUGGUUAUGGCUAGCUCUCCAACAGAAAGCUCAGCAUUAGUGCAAGCUCUCACUAAUUUAAUUCAACCACUCCCCUAUGCGGCUGAGUAUAGGCCUUAUUUCACAAUCCAUGACAGUGAAUUUAAAGAAUUCACAAGGCAAAGAUUCAACCCGCCACAUGUAAUACUUGGGGUGACAAAUCCGUUCUUUACCAAAACAUUGCAACACUGGCCACACACAAUCAAGUUGGGUGAUUCAACCGCAAUAAAAACGAAAUUGCGCAAAGUAGGUAAUAUAAAAUUGUUGGAUACAGCACCUGGUAUUUAUACCCAAUAUAAGACUUUUUUAGAGAAAGACAAGACAAUAAUAAAAAAGCUUCAUAAUGGGAUGAAAACAGAUCGACCUUCAGAAGUUCAGACAGCAAUGGUGAAAAGACACUUAUUGGAGUUGACACAGAGUUUUAUGAUUCCUCUGGAGCGCUAUAUGGCUUCACUCAUGCCUUUGCAGAAGAACAUAUCACCAUUCCGAGCGCCACCCGUCCCAAAUCCAUUCAAUCCAGAGGACUUUUUUGCAACAUUACAGCAGUCAGGGCCACAGUUGACAACUGGCAUCAAAGGAGAUUGGAAUGGCUUGUACAGAACAUUUUUCAGGACUCCUAAUUUCCAUGAUUGGUUUCACCAAAGACAUAAUAACUUGACAAAUAAGUUGCAUUCCUUACAAUUAGAAGCUUUAGCCGGGAGUGAUUUAAAAAAAUGGUCAGUUGGAAAGAAAGAGGUAGAGAUUGUGGAUAUGGUCCUCAAGUUGCGUGAGGUGCUCAAGAGUAACCGUCCUGUUCCUGAUAAUACCAGAACAUUAUUGGCACGGCGUUUGGAAGAUCUCAAUUGUGUGCUGCCAGAGGAUAUGAAAACUAUACUCAAUGCUGCUUCGUGACACAAACACUGUUGCUCCUUACCGAGGAGCUGUGGAGAAGGCGGUCUGGCUGGUUACGAAUACAGGUGUAUAACUUGUAUGUAACCUUCAAACAAAAUCAAUAUAAUUUUUGUUCCAUAGUCCAUGAAACUAUUGCAAAUUGAAUUUGAAGUACAAGUGUGAAAAACGCUGAACAUUGAGCUGAACUAUUUUCUUUGAUCAAUGCAUAAAAGUUGCGCAGAGGUUUUCUAUCAAUAAAAUUUAAUACAGUUGUCAACAGAAGUGUUAACAUUAGGGAAGUUAAUUCCAUUUUGAGAAGGCUAGCUAGAAUGGUUAUGAUAUUCACGUAAAUAUAUUUGGAGGCUAACAAACAUGGGUUAUGCUCAUUUUGUAUAACAAGCUGUUGAAUUGCUUGAUGUACUUUAAGUUUUUUGUAUAUUUUUUGCUGGAAACCUGUUUUAGCUCUUAUUGAUAAAGAAUUAUUUUUACUUAGCUACUUACUACUUUUUGUUUAUUUGUUAGGGCUACAAAGGCGGGCCGCUAUUAUAUAUAAAGGAAUGUGUAAUAUAAUCAUAUUCCAUUAUUGAGAUCAAAUAAAUUUACAAGUUAUAAAAUAUUAUGAAACGGCCAAGUAUAGUAUUAAGUAUUAGGUAAAGUUGACAUAAUUUUGUAAAAAUGUUAGCAUUACAUUUGUUACUUUGAUAAAAUCAAACAAACAUUGUCAAAUUAUUAAACAAGUUAUAUUUGCUAUAUUCCUAAAAAAGUGAUUGUAAAUAAGUACUAUGUAUGUAGUUCAAAUUAUUUUUGUAUGUUUUGAGUAAAAUGUUAAGUAACUUGUUAAUACUGCAAUGAUUUUAAGGCUGGCCUUUUUUUGACAACUAGUUUAUUUUUAAUGCGAGAAGAACUAAAAAGGUUAAAUUAAUUAUUGUACAAGUUAAAAAUAAAGAUUCAAGUGAUACUUGUACAACGACUUACCAAUGAUUUGUUAUACAAUAAUAAAUAAAUCUGUGUACUUCAAUUUACUUUUGAAAUAAAGUUACUUAAAUUUACAAUAAAAUUCUCAGGUAUGACACACACAGACUGUUACAUUUUGCAUAACAAAACACUAGGUAUCAGUAAACCGAUUUUGAUAUUAUGCAAUGCAUAAGUAUAAUGUGUUAAAAUAUUUAGGCGAUUACAUUAAAUUAGAUAAACUUAAAUGUAACAUAACAUAUAUGAGUUAAUUAUUUUUAUAGGUAGUCUUAUAUUAGUUAUUGAGGGUUUGAAGAUAUUUAGAAUCUCCAAGAAUUGCUUGUCAUUAAGUGCUUUCCCAUUAGUUUUCGACUAGAAAAAUAAUUUUAUUUUUUAAAUCUAACGUUCGUCUAAUCCAACACCAAAUGACUGUCAACUUAACAAUGCCUACUCCAUUUCUACCAAGCAAAACUAUUUCAAUUUUGUUUAAUUUAAAUGAAGUCUCAACCAGUGGCGUAACUAUACCAUUCGUGGCCCGUGGCAAAUUCGGAUAGGUACGUUCUAUAACUGGGUUACAACCCUUUUUUUAACAAAAGCUCUAAAUUUUUAAUAUUUUUUUUAACUUGUGUGGGAAACUGAGUAGGUAACAAAAAUAAAUCAAAGACUAAAUUUUUUUUUACUAAACAUGUAUAAAUAAGAAAUGUUGGGAGUUGGGAUUCUCCUCUGACCGGGGGCCCCUUCCGGCUGGGGGCCCGUGGCAUUUUGCCGACUUGCCAUCCUGUAGUUACGCCACUGGUCUCAACUAAAAAAACGUUAGCAAUUUAUAAAUGCUGACAGAUCGCAGAAAUCUUCGAAAUACGCAUUGCUUUUAUCAAACAUGUUACUUAUUUUCUGUUGUCAUUAUUUGCAAAAGCCUUUUUAUUUAAUACGUAUGAACUUAUGCUAAAAACUGACAUUAUUGAAAAGGUAAUGAAGAAACACUUUUGACCUUGACUUUACGCUAUCACAUAUCAGGAAAAUCACAAGAAUCUAUUCAGUAGAGCCACUGUCGAUUAAAAUUCUUACAAAUAACUUGUUUCUGUGUUCAAAUAAAGUUCGUGAUAAUCCACAUAUACCGUUUUAAUCACUGCAUUAUUUGUAAAGCUCCAUUUUAAUCAAAUAUCUUUUUUCCCAUAUAAUAUUUUAACCCCUAAAUGGAGUGAGCUUGUAAUAAGCUAGCUAGUAACAGUGAGAGGUAAAAAUCGUCUCAAGAAAACUUGCGAUAAGCGACUAUCAUGAGUUUAUAAAUUUAAGAGAAACCUUAAUUAAAUCACAACUUCAUUUCUAUUUGUGAUUUAGUUAAUUAGUUGGCUACAUGGAAAAUCAUACCAUCUUGGCUACUUCUACGAUACUCGGGCGGUAUAAUUUUCUAUCUGGGAGACUACAUUACAGUUAUAGAAUAUCAAAGUACCUACUAAUGGAUAUAAGUCCGGCGCAAAAAUUUAUCGGUAUAGCGCAUUGUCAUAAAAUCCCUCCACAUUUAUCUAAAGAACUAAGCUAUAAUUUGUAUAUCGGCUUCAAUGUUAAACUUUGAUAUAGGUUGUAACUAUAUGUUAGAUAAGAGUUGGUUAAAUUAAAUAUAUAUAUGUAUCAUUAUCUUUGCGAGUUCUAUUAUAUAAUUGUUUGAUGUCACUUCUGUUGAAUACUUAGAUACAUAAAGUCAUUAAAUUUAUUAUGACCUCCUAGACAUUGGAAUAAUUUAAGGCGGCAGAAGUGGUAAUGUCGUAUAAUAUUUUAUAAUAGUUGCAAGACGACGACACAUCACAUCAUUCUUAUAGUUUCAAGUACAAUGUGGCAUUUAUCCUAUUUUAUUCCGAUGUCUAUUUCUGUUCAUAUUAAAAGAUGAAUUAGGUUUUUGAAGGCAAAAAUGCAAUUUAUUACUUGUCUAAUUGACAACUGUGUUUACAUACUUUUUUAUUAUUUUAUUUCAAUUAUAUUUUAAAAAUAAUGUCAUUAAAAUCAAAGGUAAAAUGCACUAAAAAUUAUUCAAGUAUUGGUGCCAAAAUGAUAAAACACUACUAAACAAGCAGUUAUAUCACGAAGCAGUUUCAGCUAAAAUAGGAUAUAUUUUCGAAUGGCUUAUUGCUCAAUGCUAUGUUGUAUGAAAAGCUUAACUUCCAUUUUUGUAUUUGUAAGACAUAUCAUUGUAUCGAGCCCUUAUUAAUAAAAGAGAUUCAUGAAAAAUGUUAUACCAUAUGUAGGUAGACAGAGCCAACAGUCUCGAAAAUACUAAAAGGCCUCAUUCAUAUAGCUUAUGAUUGAAUUCAGAUAGUGACAGGUUGCUAGCCCAUAAGAAGUAUCAUUAGCCUUUCCCUUGAUUGACUCUUACAAUCUACACGUUAAGACAAGCAGCUAGCACACUAUGUUUUUUCAAUAGCAAAUGGUAUAAACAUAUAUAAAUAGUUUAAAAAAUGCGUCAAAUUCUGUCUCUCUUAUUUUCAAAAUAUAGUUAAAAAUAAUUAAGGGUUAUAAAGGGAAAAAAAAUCUCGUUAUAAUUUAUAAAUUGUGUAGUCCCUUUGAAUAUUGUUCCCACGGCAACGUGCCCAGAAGGCUGGUCAAUGUAUAAUAUAAAAUAGUCCGCUAUGUGUUAUUUUUGUAUUUACACAUACAACAACAAAUAACAGUGUAUGAUGACGACUAUUCCAUGUUUACUUUGACGCGUUACCACAAUUCAAGAUGUAAAUAAUAUUG